AUGACAUUGAAUCAUGAUGGUAAUGAAGAUUAUAUUAAUAAUUCAGAUUAUAAUAAUAUUGAUGAAACAGAAAAAAUUGAUGAUCAAUUAAUUGCAACAACAAAAAAGAAACGAAAGAAAAUUAAAGCUACUACUACAUCUGUUACUAAUAACACUUCCAUAUCAUUAUCACGUCAUCAACAAACAAAUCCACCAUCAAUACCUAUUUGUGAUUUAUAUCCUGAUGGAAAUUAUCCUGAAGGACAAAUUCUUGAUCAUCCAAUACCAAAAGUUCCACCAAUAGAUGGAUCACUUGCUAUUAAUCGUACGACAAAUGAAGAAAAACGUAUGCUUGAUAUGACUCAAAUAGAAAUCUAUCGAGAAUUACGACAAGCAGCAGAAUGUCAUAGACAAACUCGAAAAUGGGUUAUGAGUUGGAUUGAAUCUGGUAUGAAAAUGAUUGAUAUUUGUGAACGAUUAGAAAAUAUGAAUCGAACAUUAAUAAAAGAAAAAGAUCUUGAAGCUGGUUUAGCUUUUCCAACAGGUUGUUCACUAAAUAAUUGUGCUGCUCAUUAUACACCAAACAAUGGUGAUAAUACUAUUCUUCAAUAUGAUGAUGUAUGUAAAAUUGAUUUUGGUACACAUAUUAAUGGACGAAUUAUUGACUGUGCAUGGACAUUCGCAUUUAAUCCAAAAUAUGAUGAAUUAAUUAAAGCUGUUCGAGAUGCGACAAAUACAGGACUACAAACAGCAGGUAUUGAUGUUCGUUUGUGUGAUAUUGGUGAAGCGAUUCAAGAAGUGAUGGAAAGUUAUGAAAUUGAACUUGAUGGAAAACUCUAUCCUAAUAGUGCUGAUUGUACGGGAAGACAUAGGAGCUUUGAAAAUUUCUAUAAACUUCUGAAGUCAAAUAUUGCUUUCUUCAUAUUUAGAAAUGAUAAAAGUUUAAUUAUAAUUAAAAAUGAAGUUUGUUCUUAA